AUGAAUCUGUUCGAAUGGGCGUUUGGAAAAAGCUUGACGCCACAGGAAAGAUUGAAAAAGAAUCAACGUGCUCUAGAAAGAACCCAGAGAGAGUUAGAAAGAGAGCGGAGAAAGCUUGAAAGCCAAGAGAAAAAGAUUGUUGCAGACAUAAAAAAGUCAGCGAAAAAUAAUCAACUUAGUGCUGCUAAAAUCCAAGCCAAAGAUCUCGUGAGAACCAGAAAAUACAUCGACAAAUUUAAUAACAUGAAAACACAAUUACAGGCUAUCUCUCUUCGCAUUCAGGCAGUGCGAAGCAGUGACCAGAUGACAAACUCUAUGAGAGAAGCUACCGGACUGUUGGCAUCAAUGAAUCGAUCGAUGAACUUGCCCCAACUUCAGCGUAUUUCAGCAGAGUUCGAAAAGCAAAGUGAUUUGAUGGACCAGCGUCAAGAGUUUAUGGACGAAGCUAUAGAUGAUGUCAUGGGCGAUGAGCUAGAAGAGGAUGAUGAGGCCGAUGAAAUCGUCGCUAAAGUAUUAGAUGAGAUUGGCGUCGAUUUGAAUGCUAAAAUGCAGAGCGCACCCCAAAAUGCUGUUGAAGCAUCAGCUUCUGAAUCACCUAAUCGCGUUCCUGAAGCAAUUGGUUCUGGACCCUCAAAUUUGGACGAUGAACUGCAGGCCAGGUUGAACAGUCUGAAACGCUAA